UUUUUCAUAGCAGAACUGCACUUGGGGAUUUUCCAUUGCUUGCAGAGUGACUUAAUGGAUCCACCGAGAGCCACUAAAUGGUAGCGACACAUUAACCCACUCGGCGACAGCGAUAGCCAAAUAAUUCAAAAGCUUUGCACGUAAUAACAAAUAUUUGACAGCAAACGCCUGUGUUGUUGACUUAUUUUUCCCAUCCACUGUACGCUAAUAUUUUUGCCGCAUUCGCAUUUGACCCAAUUACGAUUCAUAAAGUAGACUGUCUCUUUUGGUGCAUCGAUCCAUGAGAAAUACCUAUUUCUUCACAGUUUCUACAGUCCGACUUUGAGACUAUUUUCCAAUCUGCAAUCGAAGAGACUUUGGUAUUCACACAUAUACGAGUACACAUCUGUCUAAGUAUGCACUCGCAUCGACUCACGAUUCGCUUUCAUUUGUGGGCUAAACACAAACUAUGACUUCUGAAUGAAAAAUAGUCUGGUUUGAGCUUCUCAAGUAAUAACAAUAAUUUUUGUUUCGAAGUGUGCGCACUUUGAUAACUAAUUUUAUGAAUUAACUAAAUAUAAAUAAAGAAAUCAUCCAAGGCCGAGCAUUUAACACAGUCGUGAGUCAAAGUCCAAUUGUUUAAUCUCACUCAGAUAUGAGUUUCUACUUGAGUAAUAGCUGAUUUUUAGCAACGGUGAUCGGCAACGGCUUUAAUAAAAUUAUGCUCGUUUGUUUGAAAAGUGCAGUGGCUGCAAGCAUCUUGGCUUGCGAUCUUGUAAGCCCAAAAUGAACAAUUUCUUCGUCUUUUAAGGUUUGGAUUGUGAUCGAAAUUACAGUUAUCACAUAAUUACACAGAUAUUUUGCACUAUCAACUGUGAAACGGUUGGGAAUCACUGACUACUUAGUUAACGAAAUUUUUGCAGCUAAGUACUCAGUCACAAUUUUAAUCUCAAGCUGAACUGUGGUCUACGUUCAUGUUUAGUGGAUAUACCAUAAUAAAAAAUAUUAAAAAGUUGGAUUAUACAACUUAAGCAAGGCAUUGCGAUAGCUCACUAUGCCAAAUGAAGAUAAGCUUGGAACAACCGAUUCCACUUCAGCGGAAAUUGAGGCGACUUCCACGAGCAGUUCAGUAAAUGAAAGUCUUUUGGGCCAACAAAAAUUCAAAUUACAAUUCAGCAAUGUUUCCUACAUUACCAAACAGAACAAAAAGCUGGUUAAAAUACUUAAUGAUGUCUGCGGGGAAUUCAAGUCGGGGCGCCUUACUGCUGUUUUGGGUCCCUCUGGAGCGGGCAAAACUUCGAUUCUUAACGUGCUCUCCGGUUUCAAAGCGAGCAAUGUUUCGGGUCAAUUUACAUUCAAUGGCAGUGAGCGGAAUGUUUUGACUUUUCGCAAAUCCUCAUGUUACAUUCCGCAAGAUUUUGCAUUACUCGACUUGUUAACAGUGCAAGAAACAAUGAACGAUUCUGCAGAUCUUAAGUUGCCUGCCCAAACGAUUUCUGCGGAGAAGCGAAAAAUUGUUGAUGACAUUCUCCAGAUACUCAAUAUGGAUAAGUGCCGACAUAGAUUGGUGCGAAACCUUUCCGGCGGCGAGCGAAAACGGCUAUCUAUCGCUAUAGAACUAGUUACUAAUCCACCAGUCAUGUUUUUUGAUGAACCCACUAGUGGCUUAGACAGUGUCGCCAGUUUGCAAGUUAUCAACUAUUUGAGGAGGCUGGCGCUCGAUGGGCAUAUAAUCGUGUGUGUUAUUCACCAGCCAAGUUCGAGGCUGAUAAAACUGUUCGACGACGUGUUAGUGAUGUCACGGGGUCAAGUGUUAUAUUCAGGUCCAGAAAGAGAAAUGAUUGCCACCUUUGAAGCGGCGGGCUUUGCCUUCCCCAAUUACUACAAUCCAGCCGACUUUGCUUUGGAAGUAAGUAGCGAAGAGCACAAUAAACCCAUAUUGGGUUUGAUAGAAAGGAAUAAGAAACGGCAUUGCGGAGUAGAUAAACAACCAAAUGAAGAUGCAAACCUUUGCGUGCAGGAAAAGUCUAAGAUGUCGAGCAAUUUAAAUUCUCACACCACCAUCGAGAUGCGAUCAAACAAUGAAGCUCAAGUUGAACGAAUGUUGUAUGAGCCCUGCAGAUUAACCUCGGUGCGUCUUAGAUCAAAGGUGAACGUUUGGCGCCAACUGGUCAUACUCACACGAAGAUCUCUGCGUACAAUGUCAAGGAACUUGAUUGCCGUUCAAUUGCGCGUUUUUAUGCAUGUCCUCGUUGCAGCUCUCGUUGGCGCGGUAUUUUGGGACAUUGGCAAUGAUGGCGCCCGAACACUAACCAACAUUUCCUGCAUAUUUUUCAUUAUAAUGUUUAUUUUCUUUGGCAAUUCAAUGCCGUCCAUAUUGUUGUGUCCACAAGAGACGGCGGUUUUUAUACGCGAAUACCUAAAUGGUUGGUAUUCGCUUAGAGCAUACUACGCUUCAAAACUCCUCUCUGACCUCCCGAUGCUCUUCAUAUGCCCAACUCUGUUUACGACAAUCAUCUACUUCAUGACAAGCCAGCCGGAUGAUAUGGCGCGAUUCGCUAUGUGUUGGGGGAUCAGUUUAAUUUUGGCCAUCAUUGGACAUUUUAUGGGGCUAGCUUUUGGUUCGACCUUUGAUGUGCAGAUGGCGAUUUUGCUGGUACCUGGAGUGGCUAUUCCCUUUAUGAUAUUUUCUGGAUUUUUCAUACGUAUUCAUGAGCUCUCAUCUGUUUUCCGGCCGUUGUGCGAUAUCUCAUUCUACCGUUACACCAUGGAGGCACUUAUGCAAGCCAUAUAUGGCUAUAAUCGCCCCGAUUUAGAAUGCCAUAGAGAAUUUUGUUACUUCAAGUCACCAACUAAACUGCUGAAGGAGCUAGGCAUGUUGGGUGAUCUGUAUGGCCAUGACAUAUUUAUUCUUCUGCUUUGGAUUAUAUUCUUUAAGGUGCUAUUUUUUUUUAGCUUGGUCUUACGCAUUAAACGUGCCCAAUAAGCUUACGAAAAACCCGUAGGAAAUAGGAUAUAGUAGACAUACGAUAUUAAAUGAGAAAACUAUCGCUGGAAAACACUCAGCGCAAAGUUAGCGAUAGAAUAAGGUGGAACUAAAUUAUACAUACGCACAAAGUAAUGUAAAUUUUUAAUAAUAGUAAUUGGAGCCAUGCUUGGUAACACUAAAGGGAAAGUGUAGAUCACGAGUUAAAACCAUUUUGACAUGUCGAUGCGUGAAUUUAUUUUAAGAUUUAACAGAGCGGCACUCUUCUUACCAUUUGCUCAGACAAACCUUAUAACAAUACUUCUCGCUUACUCAGGCUGGAUGUUUCCCGCAAUUACCUAAAUAAAAUAAUAGUUAGGUAACUUUUUCUACGGGAAUUAUUGUUAUUAAUUUUAAAAACUAGAAACUGUGUAAAUACGAUGGAAAACUAGCUUAAUAAAAGAGACCAAAGCAUUUUUUUUCUAAUUACAAAAAAUAAAAAUAAA